CCGAGCCCCCGGCGGCCGCCUGCCCCGGAGCGAUGGAUUUUCGGGGGAAGAAGUACGAGCGCGGCAGUAACUGGUCGGACCCCGAGGUGGUGGAGCUGCUGCAGCUCUGGGCCGAUGAGUCGGUGCAGAUGGAGCUGGAGAGCUGCCUGCGCAACCAGCACGUCUUCAACCGCAUCGCUGAGGUGCUGCGGGAGAAGGGCAUCCACCGCACGGGCGACCAGUGCCGCGAGAAGAUCAAGAAGAUGAAGCUGGAGUACCGUCGGAUCAAGGACAACAGCAAAGCCCCGCGGGGCGGCCGGACGUGGAAGUUCUACGAGGUGAUGGACCGGGUGCUGACCAGCCGGCCCGCCCUGGCUUACGGCUCGCUGAGCGGCAGCGUGAUGGCUCAGCAGGUGCUGCAGGGCAGCAUGGUGGAGACGUACCACCACCAGUUCGCUUCCUCAGCCCUGCCCUUCGCACACCCCCAGCACCCUGAACUGAUGGAAAUCAAAUGUGAGGAGGUGAACUCUGAUGAGCACUGCUUGACCCCAGAGCCCCCACCAUCCAUGUCUUACCAGCAGGGCUCCCCUGAAGAACAUGAGAUGGAGAGAGCCUUUUUGGAGAGGGCCCAGAACGACUCUCCCAUCUCCAGGGUGGAGAUUCCCAUUGAAACCAGUGUUUCACCUUCAGGUUUCAGUGAGCCCAACAUGUCAAACUCCUCGCGGAUGCAGAACGUGGUUCCCCGGCCUGGCUUCUCCGCCUUGCACCGCCUGAGGAAGAAGCGGAAAGGGCAGCGAGCCAAGGACCCGCUGGAUGAGCUGCUGCUGAAGACGCUGGCGUCGCAGCGGGCCAUGGAGGAGCGCUUCCUGCAGCUGGAGGAGCGGCGCUUCCAGCGCGACCUGGACGCCGAGGAGCGGCGGAUGCAGCUGGAGCAGCGGCGGUUCGAGCUGGAGCGGGAGCACGAGUUCCGCAUGUUCAACGUCUUCGCCCAGAUGCUCAGCAUCCUGAAGCAGAGCCACAGUGGCUCCUCCUCCUCUGUGGCGGUGCCUCGGGGCUUGGACUUCAGCCAGGCGCUGUCAGAAAUCACGGGGAUGGGAGGAGGAGGAGGAGGAGGGGGUGACCCGCAUGACUUGAGGGCCCGUCCUCUCGCUGAGAGGAGGGUCGACAUGCAGGGCUUCUGCAGUCCCAGCGACUUCCAGAGGAGCCCCUACCUCUCUGCCCGUGGCAACAUCGCCAACAUUUUCUGUGGCUCCACUGAGGAAGGCUACAAAGCUUAUCAUGCUGACAAGUACGAUGAAGACAAGAACCCCAAUGGUAUCAUAAACUUUGGCACCAGUGAGAAUAAACUCUGCUUUGACCUGAUGUCAAAGCGGCUGACACAGACUGAUAUGAAUCUGAUGGAGCCUCCAUUGCUUCAGUAUCCUGACUGGAAGGGACAUAUGUUUUUACGGGAGGAAGUGGCUCGGUUUCUGACCUAUUACUGCAAGGCUCCUGCACCUCUUAAGGCAGAAAAUGUGAUUGUUUUAAAUGGUUGUGGCUCGCUGUUUUCUGCUUUAGCUACAGUCCUUUGUGAUCCAGGGGAAGCUGUUCUGAUUGCUACUCCCUUUUACGGUGAUAUUACCCAGAGUGUCUUCCUCUAUGGUAAUGUCAGGCUGGUGUAUGCCUAUUUAGACAGUAAGAUCACUGGGACAAGCACUCGGCCUUUUCAGCUCACAGUGGACAAACUGGAAAAGGCCUUGCGGGAUGCCCGGGCAGAGGGUGUCACUGUAAGGGCCUUAAUUCUUCUGAAUCCCCAAAAUCCCCUUGGGGACAUCUACUCCUUGUCAGAGCUACGGGAUUACCUGGAAUUUGCUAAAAGACAUGAAUUGCAUGUGAUAAUAGAUGAGAUCUACAUGCUGUCAGUUUUUGAUGAAUCGGCCACGUUUCACAGUGUCCUGGGCAUGGACAGAUUGCCUGAUCCCCAGCGGACUCAUGUGAUGUGGGGAAUAAGCAAGGAUUUUGCUGUCUCUGGGAUUCGUUUUGGUACUUUGUAUACAGAGAACCAAGAUGUUGCAAAUGCAGUGGCUUCGCUGUGUUAUUUCCAUGGAGUUUGUGGACCUGUCCAGCACAAGGUUGCUCAGCUGCUUAGAGACAGAGACUGGAUCAACCAGGUGUACCUGAGGGCCAACCAUGCCCGCCUCAAAGCUGCCCACACCUUUGUGACAGACGAGCUGAAGACACUGGGGGUUCCCUUCCUGAACCGCAACGCCGGCUUCUUUGUCUGGAUUGACUUCCGAAAGUACCUUAGGACAGGCACGUUUGAGGAGGAGAUGCUGCUCUGGAGGCGUUUUCUAGACAACAAGGUCCUCCUGUCCUGUGGUAAAGCCUUUGAAUGCAGCGAACCUGGAUGGUUCCGCAUCAUCUUUGCUGACAAGACUCACCGGCUACAGUUAGGUAUGCAGCGGAUCCGCAAGGUUCUGGAAGAGCGAGAGCAGGAGAUUCUGGCUGAGGAGAAGGAGCAGCCUUGUCAAUCAGAUCAAGAUGGCAAAGCAGACAGCACAGAAGAAGUCCUUUUUGUGUCCCGCCACCAGGAGCCUACCUGUGCCACCAGCUCCAGCCUGGGCGACCUCAUCGGGCUCCUGCAGCAGCAGAUGCGCUCCUCGGACUGGCUGCAGAAGAACACGGCCGAGCAGUUUGCCCAGGAGAAGACCGAGAUCUACGACGUGUUCAGCAAACUGGUGGGGAAGCAGUAGGGGCUCAGUGUGCCUUCAGGGGGCUUUCCUGAGCAGUGCCUGACCCUGGGCCCCUAACGCCUCAGCAGGGACUUCCAGCAGAUAAUGGAUGUUCUGUAUAGCGAGAGAAUGACUUUGUAUAACUCCCCUCCUCCCCACGCUGCUUGAGAUGUCAGAUUUGUAUUAUAUAGGUACAUUCCUUGGAUGGGGUUGAGGGGGGGUUGGUCCUACUGCUCCCCUCACUGCAGCAUCAUUGUAUUUUGUAUUUCAUUUCUAAUGAA